AUGGAGUCGUGUGAGAAGAGAAGGCUGUCAUGAAGUAAAGAACAGCUGGGGUGUUUAAAGGGAUUACUGUGUCAACAACGCGCCCACUUCCUGAAAUACUGAGGCAUCUUGGAUCUCUAGGAGUUCAUCGGUUGACCAAGUACAAGGUGGUGCUGUACCAAGAACCGCAGGAUGGCGGGUGCUGGGGCGAACUCCUCCGUGAACCCCGCCUGCAAGAUCAUGACCUUCCGACCCACCAUGGAGGAGUUCCGGGACUUCAACCAGUACCUGGUGCACAUGGAGUCCCGCGGAGCUCACCGUGCUGGGCUGGCCAAGGUGAUUCCGCCCAAGGGCUGGAAGCCGAGGCGUAGCUAUGACGACAUCGAUGACCUCGUGAUCCAGGCCCCAAUUCAGCAGAUGGUGGCUGGCCAAUCAGGGCUCUUUACUCAGUACAACAUCCAGAGGAAGGCUCUCAGCGUGCAGGAAUUUCGCAGGCUGGCCAACAGCGACAAGUAUUGCACGCCACGCUACCUGAAUUACGAGGACCUGGAAAGGAAGUACUGGAGGAAUCUGACUUUUGUGCCGCCCAUAUAUGGCGCAGACGUGAGCGGCACUCUCUAUGAUGAGGAUGUGGAUGAGUGGAACAUCGGUCACCUGAACUCCAUCCUGGAUGUGAUCGUAGAGGACUGUGGUGUGUCCAUCCAGGGCGUGAACACACCUUACCUCUACUUCGGCAUGUGGAAGACCAGCUUCCCAUGGCACACUGAGGACAUGGACCUUUACAGCAUCAACUACCUGCACUUCGGAGAGCCCAAGUCCUGGUAUGCCAUUCCUCCAGAACAUGGGAAAAGACUGGAGAGACUGGCUGUAGGAUUCUUCCCCAACAGCUUUAAGAGCUGCGACGCUUUCCUCAGGCACAAGAUGACGCUCAUAUCACCCUCCGUGCUGAAGAAGUAUGGCAUCCCCUUUGAUAAGAUAACGCAGGAGGCAGGAGAGUUCAUGAUCACGUUUCCGUACAGCUAUCACGCGGGCUUUAACCACGGCUUCAACUGUGCCGAGUCCACAAACUUCGCCAGCAUACGCUGGAUCGACUACGGAAAGAUCGCCACUCAGUGCUCCUGCAGCAAGGACAUGGUGAAGAUCUCCAUGGAUCCCUUCGUGAGGCGCUUCCAGCCGGACCGCUACCAGGCCUGGAUUCAGGGCAAGGAUGCCUGCCUCCUGGACCACACUCUGGCCACGCCCAGCACCACGCCCGAGCUCCAGGCCUGGCUACAGAGUAGCCGGAGGGUUAGCCCUUCCACCAGGAGCAGCGUCCGUCACACUUCCACGCGAUCCAAGCGCCUGAAGACCGUGCAGGAGCCAGUCGCCAUGGCGGCCGCGUCAUCAGAGGGGUACCGGCGCGCCAGUGCAAGGGUGGGGUCCGCGCGUAAAAGCCUGGAAGAGAAAGAGGCUGACCAGCUGAAAAAUGACCCCAAAUCCAACGAUGCAUUGCAUCUGUCAGGCCUUGCUGGUCCAUGCCGACAAAUUUGUGUGGUCAAGGUAACGCGUGUGGAGAAUGAUUUGUUGGCCCACUCUUCUAAAUGUAACAUAGACCCAACCCGAGCCCUGCUCCCUGAUUCCCGACGCACAGGAUUGGCCCAGCGUGACCGUGCGACCUCUCAGGAGCCUGCAGCGGAAGCCGAAGGCCAGGAACCUCCAAACGAAGCCUCGGGAGUCCGAGAUCCUCCUGCCUCCAUGCAGAACAUUCUGGACUCUGGUUCGGAGGAGACUGUGGACUCAGACAGAACUGCUGAAAGUUCGAUUAUUGCCAAAUUCUCAAAUAGUGAAUCAAUCUCUGAAAGGCUCUUCACCGCCAAACCAUGUCAGCCUCCUCACACGGCUGCGUGUGAGUGUAAGUCACUCGGGAGCAGCGUGAUGGACCUAGCUCCUGAGCUCCAGGGUCCUGCAUUUGACGCACUUUACCAAGAAAAACCUUCGGUUUCAGAUGAUGCGCCUUGCUGUUCCGCGGUGGCCACGGAAACCACGGAAGAACGUCCCAGAACCGUGCACCUGGCGGGUCCCUCCGACAUGCCUUUCCUCACCCCAGAGGUUCCAGAUGGAGAAGAAGAGUGUGACUCCAUAAAUCUUGCAUCUGAGAUGCCCUCGCUGACCCUCGCGGUGGAGACUAGCCAUGACCUGCUGACAGAAAAAUUCUGCUCGCCUCCCGUCCUAGCAGGUGUCAGCGGGACGCGCUCUCCCGAUCGGGGAGCCGACCCGUUCCAAGCAGACUGUAGCCACACGCUCCUCUCCAACACGGAUGCUAAGCAGCCAGCCGCUAGCUUGUUGGCACCAUGGCAACUGAAAGCCAAACAGGAAGGAGGUGAAGGCGGGCUCUCUCCUGCUCAUGCCCCCGCUGCUCCACUCAAAGGCACGCCGACGCCCGCGUCCGCAAAUCCGGCUGGGAGCGCGAGCAGCGGUCCCGCUGCUGUGCCGCGUGGUCGGACCCUCCCGCGUGUUUCAGUGCCCCGACACGCAGAGGGAGGGACCUCUGGCGAACCCACCCCUCUCGCUCCCUCCAGCCUCUUCGAGGACCCCAGACCUUUCUCCUCCUCCAUCUGGAAGAACCUCAACUCCCAGAGUCCUGUGGUGCUGAUCGAGAGCCUGCAGUCCGAGCCGGCGAUGGACUCAGACAAAACCGGGGAUACGCUGGCAGGCUAUGCCCGCGGCGCACUGCCCUACGGGAUGUGGACGGAGCCUCGCUGCCAGCGCGUCAAAUCUCCCGACCCUCCAGACUCUCCGGAGAGGGCCCUGACCUGGGCGAACCUGGAACCCAACCCGGGGCACCCUGCUGGGGCCGAGGCAACGGCAGAGCUCCCUCUAGACCUCCAGGCCCUGGAGGGAGGAGCUCCGCGCCGGGAUUUCCGCUUGCAGAAGCCUCAGAGGUCAGAGGUCGAAGGCCGGGAAGGGCGUUACACGGGCGUGAGGUCCCCCCGCGAAGGCUCAGAGCGCGAUUCGGAUUCGCGUGGGACUGGAGGGAGCAGCAGCGAGUCCAGCGAGGAGAGCGGCAUAAGCGAGGCGGAGGGUGAGGCUUCAGGCCUGGAACCGGGAGAAGUCCGCACUCACCCCAUGCCCCUGAUGAAGAGACGGACUGCUAAGAGUUGGCGCCACCCCCUGAGGAAGCCAACCGCGAGGGCUGUGCCAAGCGCCGUAAAGCAGCAGACCACCAGCGACGAUGAGCCCACAGAGGAGUGUGUAUCCGAGGGGGAGCAGUGUGAAGCAGAGGUGUGGGCCAGGCCUCUGGUUAACCUGUGGCAGAACAGAAAAGCCCACCUCCCCUCCGAAAGAGAGUACAACAGCCUGGCGGCUAAAACGCCGCCGCGCUGCGCUGUCUGCACCCUCUUCCUGCCUUACUAUCAGCCUGACGACAGGUCAGACAAGAGCAAGGUGGAGACGGCAGCGAGCCCCAGUGAGCCGGGAGCGAGGUCGCGGCCGCUGAUCCCCGAGAUCUGCUUUGCGUACCGCGAAGGGUCGUGUCCUCCGAACACGCUCCUGGAGGAAGACGGCUCCAGCCCCCUCGUAGCCUGCACGCGGUGCUGCGUGCAGGUCCAUGCCAGUUGCUAUGGUGUCGCUGCCCAUGAUGUAAGACAGGAGUGGACAUGUGAUCGCUGUUCAUCUUGGGACCUCACAGCUGAAUGCUGUUUAUGUAACCUGAGAGGAGGUGCAUUAAAAAGAACAACAGACAACAGGUGGGCCCAUGUGAUGUGUGCAGUAGGUAUUCCUGAGGUGAAGUUCGCUGACAUAGUGAAGAGGAGUCCCAUUGAUAUCAGUGCUGUUCCUGCUCAGAGAUAUAAACUGAAGUGCAUAUACUGUCGUAACCGGAUGAAGAAGCUGGCGGGGGCGUGUAUCCAGUGCUCUUGUGGUCGCUGCCCCACCUCCUUCCACGUCACCUGUGCUCAUGCGGCCGGCGUCACCAUGGAGCCCGACGAUUGGCCAUAUGUGGUGUUCAUCACCUGCCACAGGCACCAAUCACGAAGCUCCAGUGCUAAAUCGAAAGCGAGCCGAACAGAGCUGUCUCUGGGUCAGACGGUGAUUGCUAAACACAAGAACCUGCGCUACUACAGCUCGCGUGUCACCCGGGCAACCGAGCGGACCUUCUAUGAGGUCAUGUUCGAUGACGGCUCGUUCAGUAACGACACCUUCCCCGAGGACAUUGUGAGCAGAGACUGUGCCCAGCUAGGGCCCCCCGAGGUGGGCGAAGCUGUGCAGGUCAAGUGGCCCGAUGGACUGUUCUACGGGGCCAAGUACCUAGGCUCCAACACCACUUAUAUGUAUCAGGUUGAGUUUGAGGAUGGCUCUCAGGUGCUGGCAAAGAGAGAAGACAUUUACACACUGGAUGAGGACCUGCCUAAAAAGGUCAAAGGUCGCCUUGUGAGUCCUCAGUCAGUGCAUUGUCUUUCCCCAUAUAUAACAAGGAAAACUACAGGACAUGGAAAAAGUAACAGAAACAUGAAAAAGGACUUGGAGUCCACCGCCUCCAGCAUGCGUUUCCAGGAUGCCUUCUUCACCACGCAAGGCGAGCGCAAGAGACUGCGCACGCCAAACUCGCGCUUCCAGAACGACUACGUCGCCCAGCUGAGCCCUCGCGCCUGCAACAGGCCGCCAGAAGCACGCGGCAGUAGCGGCAACUGAGCGCCAGGGGGCAGCAGAGAGACGCAGGGAGAGCGACAGGAACAGGCUGGAGGCGGCGGACACGUUUUUACUGUUGUGUAGAGAAAAACACUAAACGGAGGGGUGCGGUAUUGAGCUCUGGACAUUUUAUUUUUGUGGUUGCCAUUUGUUCGAAGAUGCUGUCGGUAAGACCAAAAUGACUUCAUUAUUCAAAACAGUCAGGGACUCCCAUAAGAAUGUUGAAACAUCAAGAGAACGUGGACAUUUCCUUGUUUAUUAUAGAAGAGGUAAGGUUUUGGGGCUGGUUUGUUCCUUCUUUGCACCUUAGGUUUAAAAACUUUGAAAUUGUUUUCCUUGCUCUUGCGGGCUGUUUUGUAAACUGUCUUGUGCAUAUCCACAAUCACUAAUCCCAUUAACACGAAGCUUAGAUGAGAAUGCUAAUUCUGUUCCUAAGAAAUGUUGCUACUGAUGUCCUUCAAAGCACAUUUAGCACCCUUUUGACCUAUUUUUAUCUUAUUUAUUUGGAACCGAUCUUAUUUUUAGUGUUGCUCAAAGCUGUAAAGAAAAUAAAAAACUAUGUGUGUUUGCGA